AUGAAUAAGAAAUUGUUUAUUCUUUUAAUUUCAGCCCUUCUCUUAGCAACAACUUUUGCUCAAUAGGAAGAGAAAUCUGAUAAAGCUUUCAAAAAUCUUGAAUCUGCCUAAAAAACUAUCAAUGACUUGAAAUUAGCUGCUACAAAUGCUAAGAAUUUAUAGUAAGCUAAUGAAGUUGCUAAAAAAACUUCAGAUGCUAAAUUUUAAGCUUUAGAAUUUGUAGCUGCUGUUAAAAAGGCUGAUGAAGACUAUAAGAAGUUUUUUUAAACUUAAAAAAACGGUCUUAUAUAUUACUAGUAAUAAAUUUCAGAAUUUUAAGUAGCUUUAACAAUGCCAGAUAAUAAAGAUGAUAGAUAAACAUUAAUGGAUAAAAUUGAAAAUGCUUAGAAGGCUCUCGAUAGUCUUAACCUCACAAUUCCAACCUAUUAUGAAAUUUCUUAAAAACUUACCAAUGCCUCUUUAAAAGCCUAGAGUAUUUCUGAAGAUAUUGUAAAAGCUAGUGAUGAAAUUUAGAUGAUUGCAUAAUCAAAAAUAGCAUAGUAUACUGCCGAAGAAGAAGCAAAGAAGGCUCAAGAAGAAGCUAAUAAGGCUCAAGAAGAAGAAGCUAAGAAGACUCAAGAAGAAGAAGCUAAGAAGGCUCAAGAAGAAGCUAAGAAGGCUCAAGAAGAAGCUAAGAAGGCUCAAGAAGAAGAAGCUAAGAAGACUCAAGAAGAAGAAGCUAAGAAGGCUCAAGAAGAAGCUAAGAAGACUCAAGAAGAAGAAGCUAAGAAGGCUCAAGAAGAUAAGAAGGCAGAAGAAGCUAAGAAGGCUCAAGAAGAAGCUAAGAAGGCUCAAGAAGAUAAGAAGGCAGAAGAAGCUAAGAAGGCUCAAGAAGAAACUAACAAGGCUCAAGAAGAAGCUAAGAAGGCUGAAGAAGCUAAGAAGACUGAAAAUAAGGUUACAGAAUCUAAAGUUAACACUAAUCCUUCUUCUGGUAAGGUUAUCUAAUUCGUUUUAGCUUUUACUGCUAUUUUACUGGGUUUCUGA